GCAGAGAAACAUGUGCACUUCUCCCUGAAUCCAGUUUGUGUAAACCCAGGGCUGUGAACAGUAUUGAUCACUGGCUCUAAAUGAGAGGAUUAACAGGAAUUCACACAAGGGCUCCGACGCUUACUGGUGCACAGUUGGAACUUGGUACUGCUGCAUAAUGGGUUACAAAGCGACAUCCAUGCAUUGUGUCUUAAGAUGCCUGUGCUUCAUGCUUCUCCAUUUGUUUAGUGCAGCUCAAGAUGAAGACAUAAGAAGUUGUAGGACUGCACCAUGUGAUUUGGUCUUUAUUCUAGAUGGCUCGUGGAGCGUUGAAGAUGUCAAUUUUGAAAUAGUAAAGCGGUGGCUCGUCAACAUAACAUCAAGCUUCAACAUUGGACAGAAGUUUACCCAGGUUGGAGUUGUCCAAUACAGCGAUGACCCUGUAUUAGAAAUACCUCUGGGGAAGCACUCCUCUACAACAGACCUCAUCAAAGCGAUGGAGUCCAUUGAGUAUAUGGGGGGUAACACAAGGACAGGAGCAGCCAUUAAGUUUGCUACAGACAAACUGUUUGGCCUGUCUGAGCGCGGCCCGUACGGCAUUUCCAGAAUUGCUGUUGUCCUCACUGAUGGGAAGUCUCAAGACGAAGUUUUGAAAGCAGCAGAGGAAGCAAGGAAAAAAGGAGUAAUUUUGUUUGCUAUCGGUGUUGGACCGGAGACAGAAGCCUCUGAGUUGAACGACAUUGCAAACAAGCCAUUCAGAACUUAUGUCUUCUCUGUUGAGGACUACAAAGGUAUUUCCAGGAUCAUACAGGUCAUACGACAGAAACUCUGCGAAGAGACUGUUUGUCCAGCAAGAAUCCCCGUGGACUCCCGCGAUGAGAAAGGUUUUGAUAUUCUGCUACAUUUAAAUUUGGCUAAAAAAGCAAAGAAGACACAAGGAGCAUAUUAUGGCAGUAGGGCUUAUGAAGUGACACCGCACGUCGACUUGAGUUUAACCACAAGGACACUUUUUCCUGACGGCCUGCCUCCAUCAUAUGUUUUUGUGGCCACACUGAGGUAUAAAGGAUCAGUGGCAAUAGAGGAGUGGGACUUGUGGAGAGUGCAGACGCGGGAUGGAAAACCUCAGAUGGCAGUGACUCUAAAUGGGCUGGAGCGCACCGUCAUGUUCACCACAACCAGUGAGGCGGAGAGUGGGACUCAAAUGGUUACAUUUUCAGAACAGACAGCAAGGCUGUUUGAUGAGAAAUGGCACCAGCUGCGGCUGCUGGUCACCGAGGAGGACGUUACUCUUUAUGUUGAUGACCUGGAAAUCGAAACGCGACCCUUGGAGCCCCCUGUUGGUAUUUUCAUCAACGGAAAAACCCAAGUUGGAAAAUAUGUCAACAAGGAAACAACAGUGCCAUUUGAGAUCCAGAAACUUCGCAUAUACUGUGACCCUGAGCAGAACAACCGAGAGACUGCGUGUGAAAUACCUGGAGUUUGCUCCAACAGUCCUGAUUACUCUGAACCAACUAUAGAACCUUGUGUCUGUCCUCCUGGACCCCCCGGACAACCAGGAAUAAAGGGAGAACAAGGAAACACUGGCAAACCUGGUCAGCCUGGACCUGCUGGUGCUGAUGGUAAGCCUGGUGUCCCUGGCAUUAGAGGAAGUCCAGGGUUGCCAGGUCCACCAGGAUCAGAGGGCCAGCGUGGGUCAGAUGGGUACAAAGGCGAGCAAGGGAGGCCUGGUGUUUCGGGUGAGAGGGGCAUGCCUGGACUACCAGGAGCGCCUGGACAACCAGGAGAGAAGGGCUCAGUGGGAUCCACGGGGGCUCCAGGGUUACCAGGAAAAGCUGGUCCAAUGGGAGAUAAAGGAAGUGUGGGACCUUCUGGGCCACCCGGUUUUCCGGGAGACCUCGGUCUACCUGGGAGAGACGGAAAGGUCGGACUUCCAGGGAGGCCCGGUCAAAAGGGGGAAGUCGGAGCUAUGGGUCUUCCUGGUGUUGAUGGGAGAGAAGGACAUCCUGGUAUGCCUGGGAUGCCAGGAAUUGCAGGCCUGAGUGGACAAAAGGGGGAUGCUGGUUUGCCUGGAUCCAGGGGCUUCCCGGGAUCGGACGGAUCACCUGGUGAGAUGGGUUUACCUGGUGCACCUGGUUUAAAAGGAUCAGUUGGACCCAAGGGGAAUAAAGGCGAAAGAGGAAGUUCGGGUAUACAAGGAAAACCAGGGUCUGUGGGGACUGCAGGGGAACCAGGAAGAGCAGGUCAGCCGGGGCACCCGGGCAUGCCAGGACUGAAGGGUAGCAAGGGACAAAGAGGAAAUCCAGGUGAAAAAGGAGAGAUGGGAAUGAAAGGUGAAAAAGGAGGCCAAGGUCGGCCGGGGGAACACGGCUCAGCCGGUCCAAUGGGACUCAAAGGAGAGAAAGGGACAGCAGGGGACUCAGGGCAGAGAGGUCAAGAAGGUCAAGUGGGACGGCCCGGACAGCCAGGUCAGUCAGGCUCACCUGGUCCCCGAGGGCUGCCGGGAGAGAGCGGUGCACCUGGCCCACCUGGACCUGAAGGAAGAUCUGCAAAUCAAAUGUCGGAUCAUCACAUUCGGCAAAUCUGCAGAGAGAUCCUUCAGUCUGAGCUGCCUUUGUUGUUGCUGAGCAACCAGCAGAGUAGCUGUACCAGAUGUCAGACCCGACCUGGAUCUCCUGGUCCUCCAGGUCAGACUGGGCCCCAGGGUGUUAGGGGUCUCCCCGGAAUAAGUGGGCCCAGGGGACAGCCAGGCCACCCUGGUCGGCCGGGGCACCCUGGUGUAAAUGGGCUGAAAGGAGAACCAGGUUUAACAGGUGAUAAGGGGAGUCCUGGUCGAACCACGAUGGGAGAUCAAGGGCCACCAGGGCCCCCAGGUCCAAUGGGUCCGCAGGGAUACAGUAAACCAGGUCCUCCAGGUAAACCUGGACCUCCUGGUUUAAAUGGAGGAGAGGGUAAAAGUGGUAAUCCCGGCAUCCCUGGUGAGCCCGGGAUGUGUGAUCCAUCCAUGUGCUACGGUAACAUGAUGAGGCGAAAUCCGUACAGCAAAGGGCCAAACUAUUGACGUAACGCAGCGUCACUGCAGGCACCACUCUGGAGCUGAUGUGGAACAAACAGCCAUUCUCAGGAAGAUCUCAUAUUUACAGUUUCUCUCUGUUGUGGAAACAAAACGGACCUCCUCUAACACCGGUCAACAGAACUAGAUCCUAUCACGUUUUCUCUGUUGGUAUUUUGUAUUUUUAUUCACGUCUUUGAACAUGCUUUGAGGUUUUAUUAAUGGUAUUAAGAGAAUUAAUAAUUAGCUCCGUUUCAUACCUCUCAUCUGAGCACCUUGAACUCAUGUACUUCAUGUUUGUCUGGAUCUCUCUCUGGGCAGUGUGGCUGGUGCUCUUUCCCAUAUUGCCCCCUGGUGUUGCUUUGUUGCAUGUUGCUCUCUAAAUUUUCACUGCACGUUAGAUGGGUGCUAUAUCUUCCGUUAAAAAAAACAAAAACAUGCAGCUUCUAUGAGCUAUAAACUUCGUGUUUAGUAAAUUAUUUCACCGUACGUUAUGUGUGAAAUUGGCAUGUUUCAGCACAAGACUGUGACUUCCUGUAGCUGAUUGUGAGCUGCUGUAAGCCUUCGUGUUCCUAAAGCAUUCAGUUUGACUGUUAAGCACUUAACUCUUUCUGAAAAAAAAAAAAAACAUCUAAUAUUGCAUAUUGCCCAAGAUAAAUGAAUACCCUCCGUCCUGUCACAAUACCUGUUAAUUCACAUAAUUUUAUUCUAGUUUGGAAGUAAAAUGUUUAAAUGUGUACUGUGCAGGAUUUUCUUAAAAACAAUGUAUAGCCUCAAACAUGAGCAAUCCCUCUCAGUCAUCACUUGCGACCCACCAGAAGUGUAUGACGGUGUAUUUAUCUCUCUGUUUUCAUAUGCUCUUAUUUUGCUGUGUUUGGGACGUUCCGGUGCACAGAGCACAGGUGAGGUGAGGACUUUAUAAAAGGUAACAAUCAGGAGCCAGACUGUAAACAGCAUGUAUUUAAAAAUAUGCUACAAAAAUGCAGACACAGCUCACAAAAAUAUAAAAACGCAAAUAGAGCAAGACGAACAUAUUAGAACGCUCUAGCUGUUCUAUUAUUUGCCUUUAUUCACAUCAUUAAACCCACAUCAUUGAUGAUUACCUUUAAAAAAAAAUCUCAUUUUGUAAAUAUUUUGAAAAAGCACCAAUAGUCAACCCUGCAAUAUUGUCCCAAUAUCCUCAGCUGGCACCUGAAGUCAAUAAGAAAAAAGAUUUUGGAAUCUUACAUUGGACAGACGUUUGAUGAUAAAUUAAAUUUCUACCGUCGUUUAUAUUUCACAAUGUGUAGAUGGUAACAUUAUGAAGUUUUGCAGACGUCGGAUUUUUUUCUUCGUAUUUGAUGACUAAAUGUUAUUUUACGUCAAGAUGAUGUUGGCAUGAAACGUUUGGAAGAUAUUGGAUUUUAGUUACUUAAGAACACAUCUUGAAACCAAUCAAAUAUCAACAUUGUUGUCAUCAUUUUGGGUCAAAUUGACUGUGGCAGUAGACAAUGUCCUGAUGUUGAAUUUUAGUCACCCAGCAUCACAAUCAAAUUCAACCAAAAAUCAAUGUGUAAAGACAUUGGUGGCCAGCUGCGUUGACAUCAAGGUAUUUAGUCAAAAAUGUCGUGAUAUUUGACUUUGACUCCAUAUCACCCUGCGUAACUGUCCCUUUUGCUGGUGAUGCUGUUUACAUUCAGUAGCCAACAACCCGUGCAUAGUACACCUUUAAAGUUCACCAUCAGAGAACAUGCUGAGAUUUCACUUUGAAAUUUUCCCAAGGCUUACCUUUCAUUACUGUAGCAGGUAUUUUAUUGUUAUUUAUAAAAGAGUCAGAACUGUGUUUUUCAGCAGUAACAUGUCAAAAACAGCUUUUGUAAUU